AUGCGCGCGACUGUUAUUCUCUCGGCGCUGAUCGCUGCUCUGGCAGUGUCUGCGCUCCCCACCGUCACCGUCGACGAGCGCGCCGUUGCCCAGCCUCCGGCCGAGGGCGACCUCGCCCCUCGCGACGACCACGUCCUCGACGCCAAGAAGAAGCGCCUCGCCGGCCGCAUCGUCGCCUACGGCGAGCCCGCCCCGCGCCAGGUCAACCCGCCCCAGCACGAGCAGGACCCCCGCCACUUUGACUGGCACCACCCCAAGCCGCCGCCCAAGCCGUCCAGCAAGUGGCCCCACUGGAAGCGCGACGACGACGACAUCGACGCCAAGACUGGCCGCAAGAAGCCCAAGCCGAGCAAGAAGCCCAAGAAGCCGUAA